AGUAACGGUGCUAUCAGCAAUCUCAGUGGCUCUGAGCUAGGGAGAAGCCACAUUAGUCACAGUUCCCACUCUUCAUCACUUUCCAGCGACCUCUGCUGGAUAGUGUGUUCAGAUGCUGGGAAAGGGCAGCUUUUGAUUUUACUACAGUGUCCCCCAUGAAAAUGGUCUGCCAAAAGUUGACACAUGAAGGAUGACCAUUUGGAGCCGGCUAGAAAAGCCAGUGCUUGUGGGACUACAACUCAGCAGGAGAGGAGUUGAGACAAUUGGGAAAAACAAAACACGUUAGCAGUCCACUUUUGCCUCUACCAAAGGCCUAUUUUUCAACUGGAAAAUGAAAAAUAUCUGGCCAUCCUUUUUCGAAUGAUGCUGUGGGUCAGAACUGACUGACGUCAUUAGUCUCAGCCACCUGCCUGAAGAGGGGGUGAAACUGACUCUCUGCGAAAUUCACCAAACUUUGCCAUUUCUGGCUGGUCGCAGAGCUCCGCGCCCGGCUAGGGAUGAGCUGAAUGGCUAGAUUUCCAGCAACAAGGUUCUCCGCCAGCAGACCUUCAGAGGCAAGGUCUAAGCAAACAGAUGAGUGUUUCACCAACCACAGGAAAAGGCAGCUUUGCCUGCCUGCAAAGUGCAGCAAGAUUUGAUUCCAGGAUUAAAGCAGCAGUAGCCGUCGAGCCUGCAGCAGCAAUGAAGAACAAAUUAGCGAAGGCUAUGAACGGUGAACUGAACGUUAAUGGUGUAACUGUUGACUCAGGAGCGAGUACAUCAGAGGCCUUCGCUCCAGCCGCUUCAUCCCUUGUGAUGAGAGACUCCCACCCUAACUCAAUGAGCGGGUAUGACUUUUUCUGGGACUGCGGACAGUACCAGUCUACAAGUGUGGACAAACUCAAAGAAAAGGUGAUGCUGCCCCAGCUGCCUUCUCAAGGUCAACAUCAGUCAAACGGUCCUUUCGAAACUGCUAUUAAAGAAGUCCCAACUGAGCCUUCUGCAAUGCCGAAAAACCUGAAGCUGUGUGAUGACAGGACUCACAAUUCUACUGGUUUGCAUUUUGAUCCUUACAGCUUAUGUUCGACUCCGAAAAUUCACUUUGAUAUGGUGCAAGAGCCAUCAUCUUUCUCCCCAAACCAUGAGCUCACCAGGACUAUGUCUGAAGAAGUUCACUCCUUCACGUAUCCUUAUGAUCACCAGUAUGAACACUGUAACUCUCAGCCAGACAUAGUAGACCUCGAGGAUGCUGACCUGGACCUCUUCUGCAGCAAAGAUUAUGAACAAGUUGUGGAGCUGGAGGAUAAAGAGUCAGAGUCCAGGCGGAGCUCCGGUGGCAUCGAGUCAAAGAUGGAGGAACCGAAAAUGCCGGCGAACCAAGACAUCUCUAUCAAUCCCCUCUUUGACUGCGACGGUGAUCACUCUUUGGAAAACUCUAUCACAUUCAACAUUCCACUCAAGGAAUUUACUCAUGAUCCGGCCUCAGUUGUAGUGAUGCCGUACACCUCAUCAUAUUUCAUGGGGCUCUCUGGUGAGUCAGAUAAUGAAUUGAAUGACUGCCAUGAUGCAGAGGUGAAAAUGUCGCUGAAGCAGGAUGUCUCCACCUUCUCCCUCUCUGACUCCACACUUGCUCCUUCUCUAGAAAGUUUGAAUCUUUUCAAAUCUUCAUUUAAUGAAACUCAGACCUCAGCCUCCCUCCUGAUGACUCCACGUUCAUCAUCACCAAGAAAAGAUCUGACUGUCUCAGACAGUGAAACCGAUGAGUGUGAGGAUCCUGAUGCUGCAGCAGUAAAAAUCCUUUCGAAGCUGGUCAUGUCAACUCUCACGCUGUCUGAUGCUGAUGCUGACGGCCCUGGUGCUCCUGAAAGCAACAGCGCCCGCUCUCUGGAAUCCUCCACACUCUUCAAAACCCCUGUGAAGAAAGAAAAGAAGGAUUCUGUCCCACUGACACCUCUGACGCCAUCAUCCUCUGCCACAAGUAAAGGCGAAUGCAUACGUAGAAGAGUAACUGAUGAACGCGAAUUGCGCAUUCCACUGCAAUACGGAUGGAGGCGUGAGAUCAGACUCAGGACUGUUGGGACCCGCCUGCAUGGGGAAACCACAUAUUACGCCCCCUGUGGAAAGAGGUUACGUCAGUUCCCUGAAGUUAUUAAGUACCUGGUUCGAAAUGCAGUGACUGAAGUCAAUCGGGAACAUUUCAGCUUCAGUCCCAGGAUGAAUGUGGGAGAUUUUUUUGAAGCACGGGACUCCUCUGAGGGUGAGCAGUGGUGCAGGCUUACUGUGGAAGAAAUCCCUUUACGGAUUAAAGCCAUGAUGGGCAGACGGGGACGGCCACCGAAUCCGAACAAGCAACGAGCCCAGAAACCACCAAAGGUCAAGCGAGGCAAAGGAAGGCCACCGAAGGUCAAGACUGUGACGUUGCUCAACAAGACAGAGUUCAAACUCAUGAAAAGAAUCGAAUCUCAAGCUAUUCUGAAUGAAAAAGAGAAGCAGAAGCUGAAGGCCUUGCUGAAUAAGUUGAAGCAAAAGGGACAGUCUCAACUUGAACCAGAGCAGAAGCUGCAGAAAGCCCAAAGGUUGAGAAAGGAUCAGAAGGACAAGCAAAAGAGGAAGCAGCAGAAACUGAAAGGGAAACAGCAGAAGCUGCAGCUCGGGCAGGAGAUGAAGAAACCCAUCGAAGACCUGUAUUUAACUGAUCACAAGCCUUUGCCGGAGUUUGUCCCCAUUCCAGGCCUGGUGCUUUCUGGCUGUGCCUUUUCUAACUGUCUCAUAGUCAUUGAGUUUUUGCACAACUAUGGCAAGGUGCUCGGCUUCGACCCCAGCAGGGAUGUGCCCAGCUUGAAUACACUCCAGGAAGGGCUGCUGAAUGUUGGAGACAAUAUGGCUGAUAUCCAGGAUCUGCUCAUUCGAUUACUCCAGAUUGCAGUGCUCGAUCCAGGAUUGCCACAUAAAUACCAGUCAGCAACAUUUCUUGGGCAGCGAAUCUGUGAUAUUGGAAUCAACCGGGAUAAUGUGUCAGAAGUGCUGCGGAUUUUCCUGGAGUCUUACGGUGCUGAAACAGAGCUUUGUGAAGGGCUGAAAAGCAAAUCAUUCCAGGCACACUGCUCUGAGAAAAAGGCAGCAGUGCUAGCCUUCCUCGUCAAUGAGCUGCUGGGGAGCAGCAUAGUGAUAAGGGAAAUAGAUAAAAACAUAGAUCAUCGUGCCAACAUUCGGAAGAACAAGUGGAUCGUGGAUGGCAAACUGAGGAGGUUAAAGAGAGCUCUGGCAAAGAAGAAAGGAAUUCAGGAGGCCGAUAGCAUUGUGGACAGCAAGAGGCGAAAGCAAGGCCUCUGUUCUGAAGAAGGCCACAACAGUAUAGCAGCAAGCACAAGGGCCGAGGAGAGUGUGAAGGAGGAAACAAAAGAUAAAUCAUCAGAAAGAAAGAUUGAUGGAAUGAUUAAGAUGGAUGAUCAUCCUUCUGCCAGCAUUGCUGAAUUAAAUCGUCAAAUCGAGAAACUCAGUAAGCGACAAAGUUUUUUUGCACGGAAGCUGCUUCAAGUCUCCCAGACACUACGUGCCUUGUUAUUGGGGCAGGACCGUUUCAGGCGACGCUACUGGGUUUUUCCCCACCUCUGUGGGGUGUUUGUGGAAGGCUCUGAGGGUUCGCUAGGUACUGAAGAGUUGGAAGCAGAAAAGAGCAAGCUUUUGGAGAAUGCCCCAAUUAAAGUGGAGGCAGGCGAGGUAGCUGACAAGAAUCCAACCACUCUGGGUCAGCCAUCAGAUAACCAGCAGGGAAUAUGUGACGCCGAACUGGUCAACCCAGAGAAUCCAAAGUUGCAAGAUGCUGCAUAUGCCAAACAUUCCAGUGAUGCUAUACAAGACUCCCAUUCCACCAGUCAGACUCCUCAAAACAUUGACCAGUCGGGUGUUUUUUUAGCCUGGCUGAGCAUCCUACAGAACUCUGUGUCAAACCUUUCCCUUCCUACACCUCACUGCAGCUCUAACAAAGAUAACCCGAGUACUAUCUCCCCAGAAGUGCUGCUGGCCAGCAAUCGGAAGCUGUUUGAUCUUAGCAUCCCAAACUCAGAGCAAAGUGUCAAAGAGUGUGCUGAGAAACACGGACAGUGGUUCAGCCUUUUACCUAGAACACCCUGCGAUUCCUCGUCGAUUACCCAUCUGCCAUUUUCUUCACAACAGAAUCAAUCCCAGAGACUGGAUUCUGAUACAAGUCAGCUGAACCAAGAUGGACUAAAGCCACUUACAUCUCCUGAGUUUACAUCAUCACAGUCUGCAGACUUGAUGGACCCCGCUGCUCCUUGCGAGACCCCGAUCCGCACUUCUGUCGAAGUUGGCUCCACUGCGACCAAACCAAAGGUCAAGUCUCGUCGUUGCGAUAGUGCUCCUCAGAGUGUAUGCUUUUUGCCACCGACACCUAGGCGUCGUGGACGACCAUCAAAAUUGCAGAAAGAGAUGAGUCAGCGGCAAUUGAAACCUAUUCCAGAAGAGAUGCAGAAAGGCUGGUGGCACAUUGACAACCUGGAGCAGCUAAAUUGCCUCCUUAAAGCCCUUCAUCCGCGGGGGCUACGGGAAAAGGCUUUACAGAAACAACUCCUCAAACAUAUGGACUAUGUCAGUCAAGCUUGUAUGAGAGAGAAGAAAGAUUCCAUCUUUAGCAAUAAUGACAAGGAGCAUUCCGUAACGAAGGAAAUGGUGGAGAAGUGGAAGCCAGAGAAGUGGGCAUUUCCAGUCGAUCUUGCAGCUCUGCGCUACCUUGAGGCCCUGGAGCAGAGAGUAAUAUCUGCAAGUCUGCAGGUGAAGGGCUGGACCAGUCCAGACACCGACUCCACUCGAGAUGACCUGGUGUAUUUCGAUCAGCAAUGGCUCACCUCAGGUGAUGGGAAAAUGAAAGAUGAGGAGGAGAUGGAGUUAAUGCGACGAAAUAACAACCCUCUGGACUUGGCUGUAACCCGCUUGGCAACGUUAGAGUUAAACGUAGAGCGGCGAUAUCUGAAAGAACCACUGUGUCAACCAGUUUCAGGGAAAGUGGAGAACACAGGGACAAUGAGUUCUGCUUCUGCAGAGGGUGUCAAUGAUGCUAAGCAGUACAGCAAUGAAGGUCACAUCUCUCCUGGCUUAAGUGUGUGGCGAGAAACCUUACUGAAAUGCACAAAUGCUGCUCAGGUAUUCAUGUGCAUUCAACAACUCGAGAGGGCCAUUGCCUGGGAGAAAUCUAUCAUGAAAGUGUCAUGUCAGAUCUGUGGAAAGGGGGACAAAGAUGAGUUUUUGCUGCUGUGCGACAAUUGUGAUCAGGGAUGUCACACCUACUGCCUCAAGCCCAAGAUUGUUGAGAUUCCAGAGGGAGACUGGUUCUGUCCGAUCUGCAUUGCCAUGGCAAGUAACCAGUCUGUCAGGAGUGGGGCAUCCCAGAGAGAAAGCAAACAGAGAAGAAACAGGAGGCAUUUCACAAACAAAGCCAAUGACUUUGAGUAUUUUGACCCACAUUGUCCUAGAAAAUAUAUGAAGAAACGCAGAAGAAAGUGUUCAAUGCGAGGGGGAUCUCCAGCUGCCAAGAGGAAGAAAAUAUCAAACCGAGACCAAUCCAGUGACCUCAUGUUAUGCGAGGUUAUCCUCAUGGAAAUGGAAGCCCACGAGGAUGCCUGGCCCUUCCUGCAUCCUGUGAACCCAAGGCUGGUGCCUGGCUAUAGGAAAAUCAUCAAAAGGCCCAUGGACUUUUCCACCAUCAGGAGAAAGUUGAUUAGUGGGAAAUACUUGACUUGUGAGGAGUUUGCUGAAGACACUACGCUGGUGUUUGAUAACUGUAUGACCUUUAAUGAGGAUGACUCGGAAGUCGGACGAGCAGGAUACAUAAUGAGGAAAUUCUUUGAGAGUCGAUGGGCCGAGUUUUACCAUUCAAGCUAGACAGUCAUCAGAAAAUUGGGGCAAUGGAGUUCAAGAUAAGGCCCAGAAACAUUGCUCCUCCGAAGCUCUGUGUAAAAUAUGAGCUUGGUGUGAAUUGUCAAAAGCCAUCUCUGGCUGUUGGCUGCUCAGGACUGGAAAUGAAAUAGGUUUUGACAGUUUCAUAUGGCUCAAUGGUGGAAAUUAAUCCACAGUAUUUAAAAAUAAACCCUAUCCUUAAUGUGUCAGUCUUAGCUUUUAGAUGCCGAGGUUGAAUAUGUGGGGAAUGGACAUCACAACAAGGGGUGCUCAAUAGACUGCUUGAUACCAUUAGACUUUGCUGCCAGUUACUGCACUUCAUCAUUCAUUUCAAGAGGGGUGAGAACAAUUGGAGUAAAGCUAUUUCAAACUGGGAAAGGCACAGGUUAAUUAUGUUACAUGUUCAUCAACUAACACAGAGUGGGACUUAAACCUGCAUUCUCAUGCUCUUACAGUGACACCUGAGCUUUCACUAAAUUGUUUCAGUACUCAGCCCAGAGAAUUAUUUAUUUCCCCAUUGAAAUGUUUACUGUGCUGACUCAUGGCAAUGACGUGUCUGUUUUAGGAAUGUUGCAGGUCAGCACUCAUCUGGUCUGAACUGUAUGAGCUUUUGAAUUGGCCAGGACAAAGCUUUCUCCUUUAAGUAAACGUAGGGGCUGAUAGAGGUGACAAAUCAGAUGAACAAUACAGUGACAGCCAACGGUGAGGUGCCAUACACAGAGUUUAGCUCUUAUGUUGCCCAAGGUCACAAAAGCAGCAUUCCACCUCUAUGAAAAGGAGCAGCCACAGAAAUGUUCAUCUUAAAAACAGCAUUCCAAACAUUUUGUGAGUUUUUCUUCUGUUCUGACCCUCUCUCCCUGCAUCAACCUCCCUCAGCAAUGAGGCAGACAACAUCACACACAAGUGACAUAACCAGUACAACGAGCUGUAAGGGACGAAAUUACCCAUCACGUCCAGAUUUCACUAAUAUCUAUUUAUAUUUGUGACAUUUAGUAAAUAAUAUUAUUUAUAUUGUUUUUUUAAAUUUUGCACUGAGCUCCAGAACUUUUGUUUGGGAGGCGGGGGGCAGCGGCGAAGGUGAAAUCUGGAGUGAUAAGUUCCCAGUCCAGACAGCACAAUGCCAUUUAGUAAUUCCAGUUCUAGAAAUCUUGGGCCAACUGUAACCAUUCCUGAAGCGUAGUUAAAGAUUUACAAAGCAUCAUCUGCAGCAAUAUAGCAAUAAUUUUUUUUCCCCCCAAGGAUGAAUAUGAAUGUCAUAGCUCUUGCUCCAAGUUGGAAAUAUAGAGUCCAUUGAAAUUCACGUUCUUGUCUUUCACUACAAUGUCCAAUGCCCCCUCAAUGCCUCAAUAUUAUUGACUUUCACUACAAUGUUCCCCCUCACCCCAAACUUACAAAUUCGGGCCCUCUUGUGCUCCUCAGAGUACAGGUCACAGUAAAGUACAAAGUGUGGCUACAUUCCAAACACAGCAUUCACGUCAAAUCUCGUGUGACUGACAGAUUGUUGGGAAGGUAAAUAGAUUUAAUAAAAGGAAGAGUGCAUGUGUGCAGUAAAUUUCAUGCAGGUUUUUUCAGACUGCUCCAGGUGGAUGGCUAAACAUAGUCUGGCUUACAUUACA